GCCUAGAAGCUAAGGAGUGCUAUAUGAUAGAUCUUUUCUCUUGCAACUUUUUCACACUAUAAAUAUAGGAGGGGGACUCUCAUGAGUUCCACAUUAAUUAAGUAAUUAUAAGUUACAAUUAAUUAAUAAAUAAUAAAAAAGAGUUAAUUAUAUUAUUAGAUCAUCAGAAGAAGAGAUGUCAUCAUCACAACCAAAAGAGCCAUUGGUGACAGCGAAGGUGAUAGGGGAUGUGGUGGACAUGUUCACGCCGAGCCCAACCGUGUCAAUGUCUGUCAUUUACGAGUCUUACGGCUCUUACCGUUUCUGCUGCGGCGACGAGUUCCUCCCCUCCGACGUCUCUUCUCCGCCUAGGGUUCGCCUUCACGGCACCAACUUCAAAACCUUCUUCACCCUCAUUAUGACAGACCCGGAUGUUCCUAGUCCAAGUGAUCCAUAUCUCAGGGAGCACGUACACUGGAUUGUGACAGACAUUCCAGGAAGGGCAGGAACCACAGAUUCCACAUUUGGAAAAGAUUUGUUGAGUUACGAAGCACCAAAGCCAACCAUAGGAAUCCACAGGUACGUAUUUCUGCUUUACGAGCAGAAGGGGCGGGAGACGGUGAACGCGCCGCCGUCUUCCUCCAGGGACAACUUCAAGGCGCGCAAGUUCGCGGAGGAUAACGAGUUGGGUGCUCCUGUCGCCGGCGUGUACUUCAUUUGCCAACGAGAAACUGCGGCGAGAAAGCGUGUGAAAGUCGCGUCAAAGGCGGUGAUGGCUGAGUCAACCAGCACGAGUUAAGUUUGUAAUGUUUAAUAAUGAAAUAUUUGCACUAAAUAGCACUAAAACUUAAUGGUACGUAAUGUAAGGGUACGUAAUGUAAGGGUAUAGGUACCCCACGUAAUUAUGUAAAACAUUCCCUACUAUGUUAAUUACCGUACGUACGUCUUCAUCAUCGUAUCGUCGUUGUACUACUAGUUAAUCACAAUUAAGCUUGGUGUGCCAU